AGACUCAAGGAUGAAAAUCAGAAUCAUAUGUCACGAAUGCAUAUUUGCCUUAAGGAAAGUAAGCACUGACAAGCAUGGAUAUAGGGUUCUCCACUUGGGAGGGCUGGGUGAGAAUCUUCCGGGAGAACGAAGCACAAACCUGGCCAGUGUUUACGCAUGCUUGUCAAAAGUUUGACAGAAGUCAUGACCUUCUUUGAUAAGACUAUCUCUACCCGGCUGAGAGUAUCCACACUGAAUGAAUUGCCGAGGAGACUAUCUGUGCCGCAAGCUUUGACUUGUUUGAGAAUCUGACUGCGGGGUUUAUGGCUUUGGGAGAAGGAGGGGAAUGAUACUCGGAUGUGCGGACCUAAGCAAUCUUCAAUUCAUUGCUUUCUUCCACUCUUACAGCUGUUACUUCACGUUUCUGACCUCUCGAGUAGUUCUUUCGACAGAAAUACACCCAGCAUCAUGGGAGACCGUGACCACUCUUUUGACUCAUUCCAAGAUGAUGUCGACGAUGAUUCACACAGUCUUCUAGAGAAGUUUCAACCUCUUAGAAACAGGAAGCAAUUCGGUUUUCUUCACGGUCGUUGUGGACAUUUUCUGUUCAUCCAAAGCACCUUGAUUAUAUUGUAUACUGCAAUGUUUUUUCUUCUUGUUGAUCUCUUCAUUGAUCGACAGAGCGUCAAAAAGAAUCUUGUCUACUCUCCUGCUGAGGAUGUUGUCAAUUAUGAGUGCGUCCGCUUCAACGCUACUCUGGUGAUUGAUAGUCCCUACAACGGCGAACCUAGUCCCGAGGUAGACGAAGCUUGGACGGAACUCUUGCAAUAUAUGAAUAUCGAAGUUUCGAAGUCAGACCUAGACAGAAUUCAUGCAGACUCAAUUGGGGUCCCGGGCACUGAUAUGUACGUGGGUGGCCUUGGCGUCUAUCAUGAGCUACACUGCCUAAAACGUAUUCGUCAAUAUACGUGGCAGGAUUAUUAUCAUGCAAAUGCCACCGACGAGGACAAACGACUCAACCGAUUGCAUACUGAUCAUUGUAUCGAUGUACUUAGACAGGCAAUCUUGUGCCAUACUGAUGUUUCGCUGUUUACGCUGGAAUGGUCUCAAGACAUGCCAAUGCCACGUGCCGACUUUUCGCAUGAACAUACCUGCAAAGACUGGCGUCGUAUCUUCGAAUGGGCAGGGCAAAGGAGCAUUCCUGAAGAGCAAAUGAAGUCCUUGCAACAUCCAAUUUAUGGCUCAGCAUUUCCAGACGGAAAAGGUUCGGUGCUUGGAGCCAGCGAAGACCAUAGUGCCAAAAUACAUGAGUAGGUAGCAUGAAGAGUACUCCGAGCUGAACAUGAAUGCAAUCCCUUGAUAAUCGGUAUCAGUGGACAUUUUAUGGUAGAGCAUGUAAAUAUAGGAUUCGCAAAAGAGCAAGUCACAAGCUGCCAAAUCACCGAGUAAGAAUAAGAUCUAGAAGUUCUUAGUACUAGCCGCAGCUGGAGGGAAAAAGUAAAACGAAC